CCAGUCUCUCUCUGCUUUUACUCGUUGAAUCAGGACGACCUGCGAUAUCUUGAGUUUGUGUAGCAGAUUGAGUUUCAGCUCCUUCAUCAUGGUUGAGCAGUUUGUUGGAACCUGGACUCUUGCUUCCAGCGAGAACUUUGAUGAAUACAUGAAGGCAAUUGGUGUGGGCUUUGCCACACGACAAAUGGGCAACAUGGCAAAGCCAAACCUGGUGUUCAGCGUGGACGAUUCAGGAGUGGUUACAAUGAAGUCCGAGACCACUUUCAAGACUACAGAGAUCAAGUUCAAGCUGAAUGAGGAGUUUGAGGAGACUACUGCUGACGGCCGAAAGACAAUGACAACCUUCACUCUGGAGAAAGGCAAACUGGUGCAGCUGCAGGCGUGGGAGGGAAAGAAGACAACACUAGAAAGAGAGGUUCAAGAUGGAAAACUAACAGCUAAAUGUAUCAUGGAUGACAUUGUUGCAGUGAGGACCUAUGAGAAGGCAGCGUAACUUUAACAAUUAAGAUUGUUGAGCCUGGGACCAUGAAGAUGCCAAAUGCACUGAGCUUUUGCCAAACAUGCCAAUAAAGUUUGAACUGUGAUCCUGAA